GGGGAGCUCUUCUUUCAAAGAAAGAAACUCCUCUAUAGCUGCCUGACCUUGUGAACCGGGGGCUUCCUCUUUCAUGGCGAGUUGGAGAGAGGGCUGUUUUUUGACUGCAACCCGUCCCGUCCGACCCAAAAACAGCCACGAUCGGAUAAGAGAAACAACCCGAAGCAGCAUGGAGUAGUAAGAGCCAGUGAUUAAGAAGCUGACACAAGUUACAAAGAAGCAAGGACGGAUCUUGUUAGUCACAGACCGGGAAAGUCAGAGUAUCCUUUUUUUUUUUUUCUUUUUUUUUUUGUAUAUUUAUUUUUGUGUUUUUGUUCCUCUUGGAGUUACCCCAGUUGCCUUGGUGUUCUCAUCUUCGUUGCAAAGCUGUGUCAAUGGCUCUGAUGGACAAACACAAAGUAAAGCGACAGCGUUUAGAUCGCAUCUGUGAAGGCAUUCGCCCACCGAUUCUGAACGGCCCGAUGCACCCCAGGCCCUUGGUGGCGCUGCUGGACGGGCGAGACUGCACGGUGGAGAUGCCCAUUCUGAAAGACGUGGCCACCGUCGCGUUCUGCGACGCUCAGUCUACACAGGAAAUACAUGAAAAGGUCCUCAAUGAAGCAGUGGGUGCCAUGAUGUACCACACCAUCACACUAUCCAGAGAUGACCUGGACAAAUUCAAAGGCCUGCGCAUCAUUGUCCGGAUCGGCAGCGGUUUUGACAACAUUGAUAUCAAAGCAGCUGCUGAGUUAGGGAUUGCAGUGUGUAACAUCCCCUCGUCCUCGGUGGAGGAGACGGCCGACUCCACACUGUGCCACAUCCUGAACCUGUACCGGCGGGUCACAUGGCUGCACCAGGCCAUGCGAGAGGGCACCCGCGCCAGCAGCGUGGAGCAGAUCCGCGAGGUGGCAGGGGGAGCGGCGCGCAUCCGGGGAGAGACGCUCGGCAUCAUCGGCCUGGGGCGGAUUGGCCAGGCAGUGGCUCUGAGGGCGAAGGCGUUUGGAUUCAGCGUGAUUUUCUACGACCCCUAUCUUCCAGAUGGGGUGGAGAGGUCCCUGGGCCUGCAGAGAAUGAGCACCCUGCAGGAUCUGCUAAUACACAGCGACUGCGUGUCGCUGCACUGCUGCCUGAACGAGCACAACCACCACCUCAUCAACGACUUCACCAUCAAACAGAUGCGGCAGGGGGCGUUCCUCGUGAACACUGCCCGGGGAGGCCUGGUGGACGAGAAGGCCCUUGCUCAGGCACUGAAAGAGGGCAGGAUACGAGGGGCGGCGCUUGAUGUUCACGAAACCGAACCUUUCAGUUUUUCUCAGGGUGCUUUAAAAGAUGCCCCAAACCUGAUCUGUACUCCUCACACAGCCUGGUACAGUGAGCAAGCCUCCAUUGAGUCGCGAGAGGAGGCUGCCAAAGAGGUCCGCAGAGCCAUCACAGGGCGCAUCCCAGACAGUCUAAAGAACUGCGUUAAUAAGGAGUAUCUGAUGGCAGCAGCUCAGUGGCCAACCAUGGACCCAGCCAGCGUACACCAAGAGCUCAACGGAGCUUCAGCAUACAGGUUUCCAGCAGGAAUGGUCGGUGUCACAGCAGGGGGGCUCCCAGCUGCAGCAGUGGAGGGGAUGGUAGCAGGAACCCUGUCAAUCUCACACGGGAUCCCCCCCAGCCACGCCCCCUCACCCGGACAGACCGUCAAGCCUGAGUCCGACAGAGAAAUCCCAGCGGACCAAUAGCAACGCACCAAAACCACAUUCCUCACCCUCGCCACCUCUAACAGGCAAUUACUGACUUUCCCUUUAAAACAAAAAAAACAUCUGAACAUUUUCUCUGCAGUUGUUUGACUUGUUUUUAAUUUCUCAAUGAUUACUUCACAUUCUGUUUGUUGCUUUAAGUGGUAAGCAUUAAUUGCCUAUUAAAGGACUUUUUUUCUCAUUUUAGAUACAUUUUUUUUUUUUUGGUGUGCAGUAUUAAGUGCUGGGAACUUUGCACAGAUCACCUCAUUUAAAACAGAACAGUGUGCUUUUAUAGUGACAUGGAAAAUAUAAUCAAAGGAAACGCUUGGCCACUACUAAUCUUCUUAAUUAACAUAGUAAGUAAAUAUAUAUAUAUAUAUAUAUAUAUAUAUAUAUAUAUAUAUAUAUAUAUAUAUAUAUAAAAAUGUAAUAUCCAAACCACAAUCCUUACUUUUUGAAUGGGUAGGCACUUGUCAUAGUAUUUCUGAUUCCUAUUUCUGAUUGUGUACCAAAUUAAAAAAAAAAGCAACAACAGAAGCUACCUUUAGGAAGUUUGUGUGUUUUGAAAUGCCUCCUAAUACCAGGCCACAUUGUCUACCCAGAUCCUUAUGCAGUCAGUCUAACACACACACACACACAAACACUCACAUAUAUAUAUAUAUAUACACACACACACACACACACUUUCUCUCAGCUUCGCUCCCAGUCUCACUCACCCAGCCUUGUGUUUCCUCCAAUAAAAAAAUAUUUCUCCGAGCACAGUUCCUCAAUCCUCUCAAUGUGGGAUGAUCUUUGUGCCCUCUGGGUUACAGCACCCAGACUGCACGACAAAACCCUGUGAUCAUUUACAUUUUAAAAAGUGUCUUGUACCCUGUAUUCAUAACGUUUUGUUCAGCUGCAAUCAGAAACCUCUAGGAGUGUCACACUGGGUUUGUAUCGGAAUAUAUUUUCAAACAGGAACUGAGGUAGAAAAUGAGUGUCCCUGUCCCUACUUGUUUGAGCUCUUAUGUUUUGUUGACGAGGGGAAGGGAGUUUCUUAGUUGUUACUGUAUAGGAUUUGCAGGAGAAACUAUUUUGCAGUGUUUUAUAUUCAGGUAUUUCCUUUUAUUGUUUUGAUCAAAUGUGUUUUUUUUUUUUUUUUUUCUAGUAUUGUGGAAAAUACUGAAAAUGCAUUUUAAUGAUCUGAUUUAGAAUUUGUUGAUUUGGUGACAUUCCUAGAAGUGUCUGCGGUGGUGACAAAUUUUGAUUUUAGUACUCGAUUCCGUAUGGCAAACUCAGACAGCAAAAAUUACAGUUCCUGCUUUGGCUCUUGCAGACGGUGGUAUAUACGUUUAUUCUCCUUUGGCAGAGGCAUUGAAGGGCCACAGUAAACUCCAGCCAAUACAGGGGCAAGCCCACAAGGCAGAAGAAUGUAAAGCAUCUCCUCCUCAGAAACUUGAAAAUCCUUGGCAGCUGCCAGACAGUUCAGUGACAUAUAUGUAGUGCCUGCCUACUGUAAAUGGAUUAGGCACUACAGAGGUUUUACAUCUACUAUUAAAGACUGGCUUCCCAAUCUGUACCACAAGAGGGCGCCAGCAGCAAAGUAUAUGUAGACAUCCAUAGCAAAUAUUUUAGGAUGAUUAUGUAGUGCUUGGCUGCUGAAUUUGGUUAAGAAAAUAACAGUACAAAUGCUUCUAAAUCCGGGUUCCAGGAGCAGUGAGAUUGACUAUCUCUCGAAUUCACCAAAGCUGAAAACUACUUUGAAUAAUUGGAACCAGGUGAGGGGUACAGGACGGAUGCACACCAUGAAGCAGGCUUGUGAUUCACAGCAAUUGUAACAAUAAUUGACGAAGAUCAAUCCAGGGCCAUGCAGGCAUGUCUUGUAGAAUGAAAGAAAUGUCUGGUUUCCUUUCCGUGAUUCUGCAGGCAAACCAUUUUAUAAAGCUUUAUAAAAAAAAAUAGAGACAAAACAAAAUCGCUGCUUCUUGAAUUUACAGGCUUGUUAAAAAAAAAAAAAAAAAUUCCAAGGACUGUAGGUGUUAACGCUGAGGAGGAGGGUGUUUAAGAUGUUUAAAUGGAAACAUGUCGUCCAGCAUUGGGCCUUUCCAAUAUUUCAGUGUUCAGAAUUCUUAAUCUGCUGCUUGUAGCUGUGCUCCAAGUGAAAGGGGUUUGGGAUUCAAUUCUAGCUUUUAUUAAAGCCAUUUUUUUAUUAUUAUUUUUAGCAACAAAGAUGUAGGCCAUGCUUUGCCUCUCAGAUGCUCGCUAAAGUAAACAGACACCCAAUUUAAAGGGGCUUGUUUGGGAUGAGGAAUGGAAAUGGGGUGCCUCUGUAUGUAGAGUUUAUAGAUCUUGAGAUCUUCAGGGGUGUUUUGUUCUUCUCUUUAAACAGCAUAUUUCCAAAGACUCAACAGCACCCUGUCAUUGUUACUGGCAGUGACGAACUUUUGAGUUUUACAAAAUUAGGGCUACCAAGUUUUCAAAGUUCAGCCCCUCAGUAAUAAUGUGCAGGAGUGGCUUUACUGUGACAUUGAAAUGACUGGCAGAGGUCUGAAACAAAGCUCUGCUGCUUUCAUUCGUGAUCAUGUAAUGGGCGAGGAUCGCUGUAGGAAGAGUUCCUUGCCAAAGGAGGAAUGAAUGUGUAUAAGAGGUUCUUUACUGUGAAUUAACUGCUCUGUGACAUAGGAAUACCUUUGUAGUACCUCAAGACCUGAUAUUGAAUGUACUCUUGCUCUUUCUCUGUGUACAGUUUUUUAAAUUCUACAUAGUACUUUACUAUACAAAAAAAAAAGAGAGAUCCAAACUAAGACAACACGUCAUACUUUUUAAAUACAGAAGAAAAUAAACACUUUAGGUAUAUCAUAAAACUUAAGAAAAAAAAAAUCUCAGGCUUAAAAACAAUACGAUUACGUUAUAUUUUAUUUUUAUAUAUAGCUUUGGCUUUCAAUAACCAGCGAUCCCCUCUUCUCAGUUCCCAAGUCCUAUGAGAGAGAAGUUAUGCAAGGUUUUCCAUUUAAGUCUUACCUUUCCCAACUUAUUAAAAUGAUCCAAAAGGCCCAUUCUCUGUACCUGGGGCGUACACAUGAAUCCAGGCAGCUGUGCCAUUACCUUCUUUAAAUGCUUGCAUACAUGAUGUAUAAUGGGAUAUCUGAUAGCAGCUGAAAAGGUUAGCCAUUUUAGUAGAUUUGCGCUUGCUGGUGCCUUCAGGGAUGUUUGACAAGCGCGUGUCUGAAUUUUGGGAGGGUGGAAUGUCUAAAGUAGCAGUCGCAGCACUAAACAAGCUUGUAGUUUUUAAUUCUAGCUUGAUUGAACCAAGUCAUUUUGUUAUAUAUGAGAGAUAGUUAAAAGGCAUUACAUUGAGAUUUCUUAAAAAAAAAUGGAUUGAUAGAAACAAUUAAACCUGGAUUUAAUUAAAGUUAAUUCAACAGUAAUUUUAUAAAGAAAAUCAAGUGGUUAGGAAGGGGUCUGAUUAAUUCAGCUGUGUAAAUUUCAGAUACGAAAUGACAUGAACUGCUGUUGGGAUGAAAGGAUUAAAGGUCACCGAUUCUAGAAAAUAUAGUGUACAGAAAAUGCAAUUAGCACACCGUCUUUAUUUAACAUAAUUCUAUAUUAGCAAUGACCUGGCCUCCACACACCCCUUGUAUCUACCUGUCCUUAACAAACGUGUGAGCUGAUCGUGCUGAAAUACCUUGGAGGGACUUGAACUUGGGCUCUCAUGUGUACCAUGAAAUGUCGUUUUUGUUUCUUGUUUUUUUUUUGUUUUGUUUUUCUUUCUAUUUCUAUUUGGAAUAGGUGUGAUGAUACAUUGUUGUUAGUGAUGUGGAUUAGAAAAUCAAAUUGAAUGGUGACUUGUAACAUGAACAUUUUGUGUGUUUUUACAUGCUGUAUUGAAACAUUUCAUUAAGUUUUUCAAAUUUUUUUAGAUGACCUUUGAUAAAUGUGAGUUAAAAGAAAGAUGCAUGAAUCCAUCCUUAACUUGAUGGCAUAUUGACAGCUGUCAGUCAAAGAUUCUGCACGGAGUGCUCUUAUUAAAUCCAUUGCUCAAAGCCAAUAAAAAUGUGUGGCAACUUUGAGAGGCUUGACCAUAUUACUUAAAUAGUAGAAAUCUGACCAUACAAAAACAAUCCAACUUUUGAGUAGCUUUUCUCUAACUGCAAAAACAAAUGCAAUCUAUACAGUGUCAUCAUCACAUUUUCUUACUGUCUACAGUGCUGCAAAUGCAGUGCUAAUUCUUCCUGAGUACUGGCCGCCGUUGGGGUUGAAAGGCAUGCCCAUGCCCGGGGGAUGGCCCAGCCUCUGGAUCUGCCGUCAGGGAUAUUUUAAGAACAUCUCUGAAGUUUACCAGACCAGCACAAGUCACUAUUGUAAUCCCUGUUGAUGGCUGACUGGGAAGCUGUGUCAUUUCAGUCCCGGGCUGUAGAGAGUCUAGCUUCAUAUAACAAAAAAAAUGAAAAGCUAUUGACAUUUUGAAAUGUAUUUUUACAGCAUGUGAACGUAGUGUUACUAUUUUUUCUUUCUUUUUUUAAAUUAUUUUAAUUUCAAAUGUCUGACUGCAAAACUUUUUCUGUUCUCGUUUAGGCUCUUAAGGAUGAUUUUGUUCCUUUUUUUUUGUGUUAGAAACAAUCAUGUUUGUGAUGGUAACUACCGCUAUAAAAUAUUUUAAUAAAAAUCUUAAAGCCUA